GACCACUUCGCUUACGUCGCUCGCGUCUGCGACGUGGAAACCUCCACCCCCGCACACCAAAGCAACCACCGUCGUCUCAAGAAGAAGAAGAAGACACCGACGGAGCGUUGUGACAGACACACGAGGAGGAGGAAGAGGAGAAAGAGGUGGUGGUGGUGGUGGGUUUGGUGGGUGGUGGUAGGAGGAGGAGGAGGACAAGGCUGACUGUUGCAAGAGCCAAGUCACGUUCGUCCGGCAUAGACGAAUCUCCGACGGUCCGUGCGCCACCCGUGGGGGUGGUGAGUGGUUUGUGGUGGUGUUGGUGGUGGUGGAAGAGGAGGAGGAGCAGAGAGAGGGAAGGAGGGAGGAAGGAAGGCCUCGACUCGGGGUGUUUUUCGAAGUCCCGGCCGUGGUUGCAAGGGAGCCAGGCUCGGCGCAAGCGACGAAUCCGAGAUGCCUGCCGUGUCCAAGGGGGACGGCAUGCGAGGGCUCGCCGUCUUCAUAUCCGACAUUAGGAAUUGCAAAAGCAAAGAAGCCGAAAUAAAAAGGAUCAAUAAGGAACUUGCAAAUAUAAGAUCGAAGUUUAAGGGAGACAAGCCAUUGGACGGUUACAGCAAGAAGAAAUAUGUGUGCAAACUGCUCUUCAUAUUUCUACUGGGACACGACAUCGACUUUGGCCACAUGGAGGCCGUUAACUUGCUCAGCUCGAACAAGUACACCGAAAAGCAGAUUGGCUACCUAUUCAUCUCGGUGCUCGUGAACUCGAACAGCGAGUUGAUCAGGUUGAUCAAUAAUGCCCUGAAGAAUGAUCUGAUGAGCCGCAACCCCGUAAGCAUCUGCCUGGCUCUGCACUGCAUCGCCAACGUGGGCAGCCGAGAGAUGGCCGAAGCGCUGGCUGCUGAAAUCCCAAAGCUGCUCAUCUCUGCGGAUACGAUGCACGGUGUGAAGCAGAGUGCUGCGCUGUGCCUGCUCCGUUUGAUUCGGGGCUCCCCUGAGCUCGUGCCGCAAGGUGACUGGGCAUCACGUGUCAUCCACCUCCUCAAUGACCAGCACAUGGGGGUGGCUACGGCGGCGGCGAGCCUCAUCACGGCGCUCGCACAGAAGAGCCCUGAUGAGUACCGCGGCAGUGUCUCCCUGGCUGUGUCGCGCCUCAGCAGGGUUGUGACAGCUGCUUACACAGACCUACAGGAUUACACGUAUUACUAUGUUCAAGCACCAUGGCUUUCCGUCAAGUUGCUCAGGCUCUUGCAGUGUUUCCCGCUGCCUGAGGAAACGACUGUGCGAGGUCGAUUGAACGAGUGUCUGGAGAGUAUCCUCAACAAGGCCCAGGAGCCACCCAAGUCCAAGAAGGUGCAACAUUCGAAUGCCAAGAAUGCCGUACUCUUCGAGGCCAUCAACCUCAUCAUCCACCAGGAUAGCGAGCCAAACUUGCUGGUGCGCGCCUGCAAUCAACUGGGCCAGUUCCUGCAGCACCGUGAGACCAACCUGCGCUACCUGGCUUUGGAGGGGUUGUGCCUGCUCGCCAGCUCCGAGUUCUCGCACGAGGCUGUCAAGAAGCACCAGGAGACAGUCAUCACUGCCCUCAAGACGGAGCGGGACGUGAGCGUGCGCCAGCGAGCCGUGGACCUGCUGUACGGCAUGUGCGACCGCACCAACGCGCAGCAGGUCGUCUCGGAGAUGCUGGGCUACCUGGAGACCGCCGACUACUCCAUCCGUGAGGAGAUGGUACUCAAGGUGGCGAUCUUGGCGGAGAAAUACGCGGUGGACUACACGUGGUACGUGGACACGGUGCUCAACUUGAUCCGCGUGGCGGGCGACUACGUGAGCGAGGAGGUGUGGUACCGUGUCAUCCACAUCGUCGUUAAUAACGACGAGGUGCAGGGCUACGCUGCCAAGACCGUUUUUGAGGCCCUGCAAGCACCGUCGUGCCACGAGAACAUGGUGAAAGUGGGCGGGUACGUGUUGGGUGAAUUUGGCAACCUCAUCGCGGGAGACCCUCGCUCCAGCCCGAUAGUGCAGUUCAACCUGCUGCACUCCAAGUUCCACUUAUGCAGCGCGUCCACACGUGCUCUGCUGCUGUCCACCUACGUCAAGUUCAUCAACCUCUUCCCCGAGAUCCGCAGCAGCGUGCAGCAGGUGCUGCGAAGCGACAACCAGCUGUGCAACGCGGACGCAGAGCUGCAGCAGCGCGCGGUCGAGUACCUCACCCUGAGCAACGUCGCCAGCACCGACGUCCUGGCGACUGUUCUGGAAGAGAUGCCACCUUUCCCCGAGCGCGAGUCCUCCAUCUUGACGAAGCUGCGCAAGAAAAGGGGCACGUCCAUCACCGAGCCCGAUGAUGCCAAGAAACCCUCGGGGUCGGAGGUCAACGGAGGCUCUGAAGGCACGGCACCACCCAGCUCUCUGAAACCGCCCAUGCCGUCUGUUGGAGCCGUGCAUGUGCCGGUGGGCUCUGGUCCCGGGCUGGCGGGACACGGCGGCGCAGCCACAGGUAGCGGCAGUGGUGGCGGCUCCCUACUGGUGGACAUUUUUGCAGAUGCCGCGGGCUCCCAGGCCGGGGCAGUGCCUGACAUCGAGGAGAACUUCCUCAGGUUUGUCUGCAAGAACAAUGGUGUCCUGUAUGAAAAUAGCUUUCUUCAGAUUGGCGUGAAGUCUGAGUACCACCAGAACGUCGGCCAGGUGUGUCUGUUUUAUGGAAACAAGACCUCCAGCCAGUUCCAGAACUUCACUCCCACCAUCGCAUACCCAGGAGACCUGCAAGCAAAGCUGAUAAUUACCCAGAAGGCCGUGCAGCCCCAGGUGGAUGCCGGUGCCCAGGUACAGCAGCUGCUUCGCGUCGAAUGCCUCGGCGACUUCACAGAGGCGCCUGGCCUCACUCUGCAGCUGUGGCAUGGCGGAUCCUUGCAGCAAAUUAGCCUCAAGUUGCCGAUAAUGAUCAACAAGUUUUUCCAGCCCACGGAGAUGAACUCUCAAGACUUCUUCGUUCGGUGGAAGCAGCUCAGCAGUCCCCAGCAGGAGGCCCAGAAAAUAUUUAAAGCAGUGCAUUCCAUGGACACUGAAGUCUGCAAAGCCAAGCUGCUGGGCUCUGGAAUGGCCCUGCUGGAAGGCGUGGACCCUAACCCCGGCAACUAUGUGAGCGCCGGGAUCAUCCACACCAAAAGCUUACAGAUUGGUUGCCUCUUGCGGUUGGAGCCCAACAUGCAGUCGGAGAUGUACCGUCUCACCAUCAGGAGCAGCAAGGAGUCCGUGUCGCAAAGGCUUUGUGAUUUGCUCGCUCAGCAGCUGUAGGGGUCACCCCUGGCAUGAGGGAGAACUCGCUUUUUUGGCAGGUGGAGCUAAUUCAUCUCAAACUAACACCAUCAAGUAGGGGUGUCGACAUUAACCAUGCAGUUCUAUUAUCGAUCAUCACAGGCAGGCAUAUGAAAUAUUGUAUUUUUUACAUUUACAUCGAAAAGUCAAAAUGUUUUGUUGAUAUAUCGGAGUGUAUUGUGGGUGGAGUUGAGGCUCGGCGGUCAUUGUGCUUACCCUGGUCCCCUGGCUGUACUGCGUUUUGCGCUGGCAAAUACGUGGGACUCUUCUUGUGUGACAUUAACAGGUGUUUUGUACACUUUCUUAAGCAGAUGUUACCUGCUUUCAUUUUUUUUUUGGCUAAGCAGAGCUGUUCGCACAAGCGUGGUCAGUCGUGACUAUGAACGCUGAUCAUCGUUUGCGUGUUAUAUGUUGGCUAACAUGAAAAUCGGUCUGCUUAUCCAGUUGGAGUUCAUAGCUCGUCCAUGGAUGCCUCUUCUUGUGCUAGCCAGGAUGUCAUUUAUACUGGCUGUAAGGGCACAUGUAUGUCGAGUUCUUACAGCUUUGUAAAGCUUACCAGCACCAUUCCAUUUUGUCUGCUUCAAUGGCAUUAAGAACUGGCCAUUGUUGCCAAUAUAUGCCAAGUCCCAUUCCAUUCUGUAAAUUAGCAGUACAGUAUUUUUAAUUGACAUUUUUUUAACCAAAUGUAAUUGCCAAUGCUUAAUACAAAGCCUUUUUAGCUGUAGUUUUGACAUUUAUAUAUGGAUGUGCUUGAUGGAAGAAAUGAAAACACUAUAGUGUAAUUGUUUAACUUUUACAAUUGAAGAUACCAUUUGAAAUGACAGAUUUUAAUUUUAACUACAUAAGUUAGAUGAACAAAAAAAAUGCACAUUUUAAGGAAACGUGGCCAUUGCCGAUGAGCAAAUUUCACAUUUACAAAAAAAUCUGUUGAAAGAUGCAUGAAAUGCAAAUACUAAAUUCAUCAAGUAACAAAAUCGCAAGUGGUCCAUCUCAUAAUGCAGAGGAGCCAGAAAGAUCCACGUGAUCACUUGUUAGGCACUUUGCUCGGGUCUGUCGCCUUAAAGUGCCAUAAGUGUUCUAAAUUGUAUAUGUCUAACGUGAUUAAAAAUAUUUAUCAUAUUAACUCAUAAUCCCAUUAGUUUUAAACUUGAUCUUAUUGUAUGACUAUAUAGGUAGUUGAUAUAUUUUUGGUUGGACUCUUUAUUUUUCUUUCCAAACCUGCAUUUAUAAAGUGACUUCCUUUUACAUGACAGAUUUUAAGUGGAUUAAUCAAAGCAUAUACACACGAGAAAAAAAAUACGCGUUUUACUUUACACGCAACUUUACAGACACUUCACCUGAGAAGUGAGUUCUCUAAGGUUCUUCAACCAAGACUUAGACAUUGCGGAAUAAUGAAGUUUGAGUUGCAGUACGAGGAGAGUCAUUAAACAGUGGCGGAAAGAUAUUUAAAUUUUUCAUGUUCAAUGAGUAUGGAUUCCUGCAGUCACGAAAGCUUCAAAUCAAGAUUGGUAUUUUAUCAUUUCAAUGUAUCAUCUUGACAUGAUUAUCACUGUAGGAUAUUUGAUCAAUUGCCUGAAACAAGCAUCACUGAGCAACACCAGCUGUCACCGACAUGAAUUAGUGCAGUACUUGGCAACCGGUGUGCUGCGACCAAGUCCCAAUUGUGUCGCGGGCAUUUCAUAAUUAUAGGAACAAAACUCAAGCCUCCCCUCCAUUGGUCACGUAUUGGUCACGUAUGCACAGUACGGUCGCAGUACAGCCGUCAGCCCCCAACGCUGGACCCCUAAACUCCCUCGGUUGCCCAGUUGGGUAAACAGACACAAAGACACUCAAACACGGGAAACAACGCAGAGAAACGAGAUGUGAAAUCCAGACGUGAUACGCUCAAAAAUACGGAGACUCAUACAUGAAUACUCCGUUUGGUGAAUUGUCACGGACUUUGGCAGCGUCACUUGAUUUCCCUUUUCUCGAUUAGAUAAUCAAGGGAUCGGGAAUUCUCUCACUGACAACGCAUUCCCACCCACCCACCCGGGUUCACAGUGAUAUUUUAGCUUGGCGCGCCACAUAGAUCGAACAAGCAGAGGUGUGCCAUGGAAUGUACAGGGUUGAGAAGCACUGAAUUAGCGGCAUACUGCUGGGAAAUCCUGGCACACAUUGCGAUACCAUUGUGCAGGCUAUCGCUUUGCAAUUCAAGGUACAUGUUUGGUAAAUUAUUGCACGUGGAUUUAUAUAGCAACCUGAAUGGAUUUUUUUCAGUGCCUCUGCUGAAUUUGGGGUGCAGUGGUUCACAAUCUGGUGCACGGAUAUCGGAAUGGCGGGUGUUUGGCAACUGAAAGCUCGACUGCCGUUGAAGACUUGGCAAACAUCACUGCACGACCCUUAAUCAAAUUAUCACUUUAUUUGCCCACGUAAAAUAUUGCAACACUCCAUGAAAAUGUCACAUUUGCAUACAUACAUUUAGUGCAAUGUGCACUACCGUCAAGUUUUGUAGUUUUUUUCAUGCAUUUCCUAAAAGUGAAGCACUACGUUGUGACUGAGUUGGUGGCAAAUUGUGCCAUGUUACCAAGUCUGUAUUGAAUGUGAAGAUUGAGGUUUUCACAAUGACCAUAGUAAAAAUUACAAGAUCACAUCAAGUGUUGUCUUUUUGAAAACCUAUCAAUGUCCUUGCUGCAAACUUCCUAAGUUGCCUUGUAAAUGUCAUCAAUUUUCUCUUGAUCAACCACUGAAUCUUCAUUCAAUCUAGUGCUGGAUGAGGAGGGCCUUUUGAUGCCAAUUGGAUGUUAUUUGACCAUACAGUACUUCACUAUGCUGGUCAUUGUCUUGGCGAUUGGGAGCGUGUACAGUACAUCGACACUGGCAAAAAAGUCUCGUGUCGCUGCUCACCCCGAGCUAUAAAUACUCGAGUUGCAUUGUCUUUACUGCCCGGCUUUUGGCGUUCUCUGGUCUCAUCCUGGUGAGACUAGACCAGGGGUCGGCAACCAAAAUAACAAGAGCCAUUUCUUUCCAAUUCGGUACAAAAUUCAGUAUUUCAAGAGCCGCAAUGCAUCUGAGUACAUACGUACUCAUCGUCAAGAAGCAGCCCGUACAGAGCCGCAUGCGGCUCCGGAGCCGUAGGUUGCCGACCCCUGGACUAGACCCUAAAGAAGGCCAUCUCUGGUGUGGUGGUCAAUCAGUUUAAAAUAAUGCCAUAUUAUCAGAGCUUAUUUGCAUGUUCACCACAAGUGAUGUGGUUAAUCCAGACAUGAUUCAUUGCAAAAUUUUUAAAUUCGUGUUUGAGCAUCUUAACACCCAUUUUAUUGCCAGAAAGAGUGAAACCAAUUUUUUUAUAAUUAUUUGCACUGCCCUCUUCUGGCAGCCUGAAUAAACCUUUGUGCCUAGUACCCAUCCAAAUAUUUUUGAGAUUCAACAAGGGAGGUACACCAAGUGACUAUCAUAGGCAAUCCAUCUUUGAACAUGCACUGCAUGUAAUAGGAAUAUUCCCUUUCCAGUUAACUCUUAAGAUAGUUAACUUUUCAACUGGAUACCCAUGCAUCAUGUGCCUGUCAACCCAUUUCAUAGAAGCUUUAAUUUGUAGUGCAAAAUACUUUGUGGAUAACCUUGCAAAAUUAUGCAUUCCAGCAUUAGCACAUGACAAACUGGAACUUAAAUUAUAGCGCUUUAAUUGCAUUAUUUUGGAAGUGCUGUGGUACUUAUCCUCAAGGUAACAUUCUAGCAUUUAUUGCAUUUGGUUUAUGCAGUAUUUCUCCUAAAGCUGGUUGUAGCAAUGCUUGUGUAGCAAUUUGUAUUUCUGUUAUUGCUCCAGUAUCGGUUUUCCAGAUAAGAGGACACGAGUCAUUUGCGAGUGACACAGGGGGGCAAGGAUUACCAUGUAAAACCCAAAUUGGGUAAGAACACAUUUUAGGGGCAUUUUUUUUUUCAGAGCAAUGCUUGGACGUGCCAAUAACUGACAUUUUGGAUAUUAAGUGUCACUUUUAUAUCAGAAUCACUUUUGUAAAAAUAUAAUUGUAACUGGCAGUAUAAGAGCCUUAUCCUUUGAAAUUGAACAUCUUUUUGUAAACAUUCCCCAUACAAAGCUGCGAGAAGCAGCCUUUUGGACCCACUUACUGCAGUGGUAUUCAUGAGCACAACCCAUGUUGUAAACAAUGUGAAAUAUAUCUGGAUGUGGAAACAGUGCCUCCAGUCUUUACUCCAUUAGUUGAAACCCAUGUAUAAGGCUCUAAAGGUCAUGCUGCCUGUAAACCUUAAUAUUAACAUACAAUAAAAACUCCAAACAUUG